ACCGGCAGCAAUUAGAUACAAGAGUCAGGUUAAAUCUAAUAAUCAGACCCACGCUAGCUGAGGAAAUAUGGCUUCACUUAAGGGAAUAAUGAAAACGUUUCAAAAAAUUUUUAACGAGGAAAAAAUUCCAGCUGUUAACAUUCACUUACUGGUUAUUGGAAGAACGGGUCAUGGGAAGUCUACCUUGAUUAACAGCAUCAUUGAGCAAUGCAAAGCAAUAUCACCCGAAGGAGCAAGACGUAAUUCAUGCACUACAAAGUCAAGAUCGUUUACUUACCAUGACGUGAUUCCAGGCAUUAACGUCACACUAAUUGAUUCUCCUGGUCUACAACAUGCUAAUGGAGAUGAGCAAAAAUACCUACAAGAAUUAAAAAGUGAAUGUAAGGAAGUCAGUUUGGUUCUAUAUUGUACAAAUAUGAAAGAGUUCCGAGAUACCAAAGAUGACAAAGUUGCGAUACGAAAGUUACACCAAGUGUUUGGUUCUAAUUUCUGGAAGAGAGUAGUGUUUGUCCUCACUUUUGCUAACGAGGAAAAUUGUGGACGGAGGGAUGACAGAGAUACAGCAGUUGAUCCCCCUAAGCUUCCACCUCCUGGAGAUAAAGAAUGGGAAAAUUUGAAGAGAAAACGAUUUAUAAAUCGAGUUAGUUUAUUCAAAGAAGAAAUAAAUGAUUUCAUGAAGGAGUGUUUGGACAUUCAUGAACAUUUUGAAGCUGUUCCUGCUGGUUGCUACCAAAAAAAUGAGGAUUCCAAGGAUCAUGAUCCGAUGAAGCUUCCUGAUCGAGAGGACUGGUUGUAUGACGUUCUUAAAUUAUCCAUUGAACAAAUCAAGAUCAAACACAAAUUUUCAAUGCUGAGAUUAGAUAACAAAAUAAAUUUUGCUAUCAUCAUUGAUAAUCGUGGAUCCAUAGAGGUGGAAGAUAAUUCUAUAAAAAUAUUGAGUCAAGAAGCACGUUCAUUAAAAGAAGCUCUAGAAGGUCUUGGUUUUUUUGUCCUUUACUUCAAUAAGCUUACUGCUCAAUCAAUAAUCUGUUUGCUUCAAUCAUUUCAGAAAAAUUUUGACCAUUCACAAUUGUCAACAUUUGCUCUAGCCUUUCUCAGCAGUAAAGAAACAAGCUCAAUGCUUUUUAAUGUGAAUAAUGAAGGCUUCUCUUAUGAAAAAAUUUUCAGUUUUUUUCCUGCUGAGGCUUUCACAAAUGAUUUACAAUCACUUGCAGAAGUUCCAAAAAUUAUUAUUUUUGAUUUAGCCUACAAUCAAGAUAAAAAAUUUUUUUUGCCUCAAUGUCCUUUUAACUCAAUUGUUCUUGCAGCUACGAGUACUAUUUCAACCUUUUCUCCAACAAUAAAGUCAUUUGUGAACAAUAUAAGUUAUGAAAAAGUUGAGAAAUGCUUUGAAAAUAUGAAAAAAGAAUUGGGAUCUUCCUGCAAUGUAGUCAAGCAAUCAUUGCAAGAUAAUUUAUUUAUAAAACAAGCAGCCAGUGAAAUGAAUGAGAAGCAAGUACAUGAUCUGCUUUGUUCUAUGUGGCGUCCAAUUCGUUGCUCAACAAUCAAUGAGUUAAUGAAAAUUAAAGAUGAGGUUGUUUCAGUUGUUUUAAAAGAAAGGGCAACUAAAAUAACUACUACUACUUCAGGUUUGGCAAUUGGAGGUUCUAUGAUGAUGGUUGGGUUAAUUCUUACUCCUUUUACUUUUGGUGCAUCUCUUGGAUUAACAGCUGCAGGUGCUGGAGUAAGUAUAGCUACUACCAUUAGUGGAACUGCUGCAUCAGCCAUUUCUACUGCAAUGGAGAAUAAAAAAUUAAAGCUAGCUCAAGAGCACAUCAUGUUUGACACACAGCUUAGUUUAGCCAUCAAUGAAUUUAAAAUGAAAGUGAAGAAAAAUUCAGACAAAAAAGUAGCACUUGCAGUAGCAGUUGGUACUCAUCUUUUCAGUAAUUUUGGCCACAUUGGAGUGCGUGUAGUUACAGCUGGAGUGGAAGCUGGAAUUAAUGCAGGUUCAACUGCAUUACGUGCUGGGGGAGCAGUAGCUGGUGGAGCCUCAUUAGCUGUUACUCUACCUAUUGAUAUUGGCUUCAUUGCACAUUAUGGUUAUCAGUUGUGGCAGUUAAAGAAAGACAAAUCUGGAAAGUCUGACAAGAAUGAAGUCAUUCAAUGGCUAUUUGGUCAAGUUGAAGAGCUACUAAAAAGAACUAGUGAUGUAAUUGACACUACAAGGCAUCAAAUUAAAGAUGAGCAGCGCCUUGUCCAUAGUAACCUAUCUGUUGGUUAUAGCAUCGAGGUACCUCUCACAACAAAGGACGAGUCAUCCAUUAUAGUCCGUACUAUAUUUUCUGGUCCAUUUAAAUUGCCAGAAGGCUAUACAUUGGUCAGUGCAAUAUAUGAUGUUACAAUAGAAAAAGAGCUAAAGGAGCCUGUCACUAUUUACCUCCAGCAUUGUGUUAGGGUCAAUAACCAAUUACUACAAAAAAAGAUGCACUUUGCCAGAGCUACUAUUAACUUUGAAGCCAAAAUGUUCGAUUUUGAAGUCGUUGAAGAUGGUACAUUUCUUACUGGUGAGAAUAGAGGAUCAUUGAAAAUCAUGCCUAAAAAAGAUUGUUUGAAUUACAUCUUGUGUGUUCUAUUUGAAGGAACAUCGCAAGAUACAUCAAUGAAGUAUGCUGCUCAAUAUUCUUACACAAGACAUUACAAAAAUUUCUGGAGCCUAAGUAUAAUAUUUGAAAAAGACCUCAGCGCUCACCAAAAGUUUACUCAGGCUGGAUAUUAUAACCAAUUUGCAUUUGUAAGAACUGAUGGAUCAGAUGAUCUUGCAUUGAAAAAUAUUUCAGAUGCCAUUGAAAAAAAUGGAUGGAAGAUAUCUCCUAGUGAUGAAAACCUACUUACUAUAACAAAAGGAGAAAUUGAUGAAGCACAUACAAAAAAGCUUAAUAAAAAGCUUAAUAAAAAGUUUAAUUUCCCUUCAAUUAAUUUGAAUGUUUAUGUACACAAUGAAAAUGAUGUUGUUGAUGAAUUAGUACAUCCAUUAAAAUUUCAAGGAACCAAUUUAGAGAUUUGCGUGAAGCGUCAGAAAGAAAAAAGUAAAUUCAUGGCUCUUGAUGUAAGUGAAUAUCCACUUCAAAUAGAGCAAGAUACAGAAUUUGUAAACCCACGGUGUGGAUAUCAAAUUCAUCUUCCAACCUGCAGAGACAAUGGUACUUGUGUGACUGUCAGGACAAUAAUAUCAGGUCCAUUUGUCCUACCAAGUGGUUACAGUUUAGCCAGUGCAGCAUAUGAAAUCACAAUGCCACAGCUAGCACAACCUGUUAUCAUUGAAGUGGAGCACUGUGUCAAUGUGAAUGAUGAUGAUUCAGUGAAGCAAAAUAUGUGCUUUGCUACUGCCACUAUUGAUAUGCAAACUCAGAAAUUUGAGUUUAUCCCUUUUGAGGGGGCUUCACCCAGCAUAACCAAUGAAAGUGCAACAAUCACUGUCAAUGAUAGUUGUCUCGUGUGCAUACUUUAUCAAGAAUCCAAAAAUAUUGAGACUACUGCAAAAAAGUAUUCAGCACAAUGGACUUAUAAGAAAACAGGCCACAAUUCUUGGAAUUUAAACAUCAGAUUCACUAAAUAUCUUUCAGCUCAUGAUCACCGUAGGCAUAUUAAGAGUGAACAUCAACAAUCUUUUGUAUUUAAGAAACCAACUAAUGAUUAUCCAUUGCAUCUUGAGCUGGAUAGCAUUCUCAGUGCUGAUAGAACUGCAGAGAUGGCCGGAUGGGCAAUAACAGCUUGUGAUGACACUCCUACUCCUGUUGCUAUAACAAAGGAGGAAAUAGAUGGUAUUGAAUUAGCCAAUAAAAUGGCAAAUUUCCCAUCAAUCAAUUUACAAGUUUGUGUGAAAGAUAAAGAAACAGCAAUUGAUGAACUGGAUAAGACUUUUAUGAUCAAUGGAACAGACUUAGAGAUAGUUAUUAAUCGUAAAAAAGAAGUAGAAGUAGUGUAGGAACUUUUUAUAAAACAAAAUGAUUUACUGUUAGAGUGUGUAGUACUAAUUAUUAUUUUUAUACUUUUGUGCUAAUUUUGCAAAUUAAAAAAAAAUUAUUUAGAAUAGAGUGAAAAGUCAAGCACGAUUUAUAAAAAUUCAUCAAAAUAAUUAUUUUAG